UUGGAGUUGCUGCUGAAGAACGUGACGUGGCAGAGAGCGAGCGAGACCGACCCGAAAAGCCCCAGCCUGCUUCAUUCACGCAACGUAGCCCAAUCCAUCCCUGCGGUUCUUCCGUCUUAGUUUAUAUAAACAGUAUCUCCCAUUUGAUUCUUAACUGGGUACGGUCAGAAGAUAUAUAGAAAACGUGCCGAUUAGGAGGGCUGAACGAGGUGAAAGAACCGCGAGCCGGUACAUCCAAAAAGCAAGUUGUUUAGAAAGGCAGUUUAAUUUCAAGUAGCUAGCUAGUUGGCUCUAGCUAAAUUGAUUUGGCGACAAAGAUGGGCCUCUCAAUAUCUUCUCUCUUCAAUCGUCUUUUUGGGAAGAAACAAAUGAGGAUCCUGAUGGUUGGUUUAGAUGCUGCUGGCAAGACCACCAUCCUCUACAAACUGAAGCUUGGGGAAAUUGUGACGACGAUUCCCACCAUUGGGUUCAACGUGGAGACCGUAGAAUACAAGAACAUCUGCUUCACGGUGUGGGACGUGGGAGGCCAGGACAAGAUCAGACCUCUCUGGAGGCACUACUUCCAAAACACUCAGGGUCUCAUCUUUGUGGUGGACAGCAACGACCGCGAGCGUACACAGGAGGCUGCUGAGGAACUGCAGAAGAUGCUGCAGGAGGAUGAGCUGGCCGACGCCGUGCUGCUGGUGUUUGCCAACAAACAGGACCUGCCCAACGCCAUGCCCAUGAGCGAAAUGACUGAGAAACUGGCCCUGCAGUCAUUGAGGAACAGAAAAUGGUACGUCCAGGCCACCUGUGCCACUCAGGGAUCGGGCCUGUACGAGGGUCUGGACUGGCUGUCCACCCAGCUCAGUAGCAAGAGCUAGGCCUGGAUCCACGACCGGAGAGGCGCUCCUUAACCAAGGACAUGUGCAGCAGCUGACCUGGAGGGGGGAAGGAAGAUGGCUCGUUUGACAUUUAAAGCGUUCCCUGUGCUCUUGUGCUGAUGGCAUCAGACCACACGCCUCCCUCUGCCUCCUUUCCCCUCCCUUCUCCCCCCCCAUCCACCCCUUCUCUCCCCCCCCAUCCACACCCCUUCUCUCCCCAUCCACUCCUCCCAUCCCCCCCUCCUCUUCUCUUUUUUCUUCUUUGUACAAAUGCCUUUGCCAGCAUUCACCACCCAUUUUCUGAUGCACAUGUAGCGAUAUGCCGUCGUCAAGGCGAAUCCUAUAACGUCUAUCCAAACUGGUCAGUAAUCAAUGGGGUGGGGUGGGGUGGGGCGGGUGUUUACAUCAGGGGUUCCAUUGGACGUGGCCUGGCAAAACGGUUUGUUUCGGCAAUUUACAGGGCAGAUGUGUGUGUGUGUGUGUGUACGUGUACGUGUACGAACACGGUAGGAAACUUGGAAACUUCAACUCUUCCACCCCCCAAUUCUCACUUUUUUUUUUUUCUUUUUUUUUUGAAGUCAUUCAGAUUUGUUCUAAAGACAUUUAGCCUCCAUUCCUGUAGUGCACUUCUGUCAUUCCAAGCUCUGUCUGCAUGCUGGCAAUCCUGUCUCUGACUAGCUUUUCUCUGUAAAUAUGAGGACCGUUUGUUUUUGUUUUGUCUGUUCUUCUUGCAAUGGCUGCUUAUCAUUCCAAGAUUCAAGUGCGAUUUCUGUGCCCCGCUGCAGAGAGAGAGGCCUGGAAUAAGAGUGUGUUGCUUACUUUCCGACACCUCAUUGACACGAAAGAUUUGGUUUUGGAUAAGUAUGCGUUUUAAGUUAUUAGAACUGUUUCCAAGUUAAGCCACAACCAUGUUUUAAUAGUUUUUUUUUAUUUUAUUAUUAUUAUCAGAUUAAUUAAAAUCUUGUUUAAAAUCUUAAUCACCAUGUCUGCCACUGGAAUUGGAAGCUUCAUUCGGGAUAUUAUUUCCCUGUGAUUUUGUAAUUUUUGGAUCAAAUAACUUUCCAAUAUGAGCUUUAUCAUAUUCCCAUUUACCAUUAUAAUUCCUAAUAAAACGAUUGAAAAAGUAA